AUGGAUGAUAUUAAGUUAUAUGGAAAAACAGAAAUGGAAAUGCAAAAAUUAAUAGAUACUACAGCACAAUUUAGCAAAGAUAUUAAUAUGGAAUUUGGUUUGGAUAAAUGUAGAACACUUCACAUUAAACGAGGCAAGAUACGGCCAGGCCAUUAUGUAGUUAAUGAUACCGAUAUAAUUACAGCCAUGGAACCCACCGAUUUGUAUAAAUACUUAGGAUAUAAACAACUUAAAGGAUUAGAUCACACAGAAAUCAAAAACACUUUAACAAUAGAAUUUAAAAAACGAGUUAAUGCUCUUUGUAAAACUAAACUAACAGGCAAACAUCUCAUUAAGUCUAUAAAUACAUACGCUAUCCCAAUUCUUACAUACUCAUUUGGUAUAAUAAAAUGGACAAAAACAGACAUAGAACAAAUAGAGCGCACGAUACGUACCACACUCACUAAACACAAUAAUCUACACCCAAAAUCUGCAAUAGAAAGACUUACUAUCAAAAGAGAAUAUGGAGGAAGGGGCCUUAUUGAUUUGAAUCAUCUCUGUCAAAAACAAGUCGGCAAUUUAAAAGCUUUUUUUCUCUUAAAAUCACAGACUAGCGAAAUACAUAAAGCCAUAGUACAAAAUGAUUUUAACUAUACUCCACUAAACUUACACGAAGACAUAAGCUCUCUAAAUACCGAAAGUAACGAUCUUCAAACACAAAAACUAGAUAGCUGGAAACGAAAAGUAUUACACGGCCGCCAUCCUCACGAUCUAGAACAACCCCACAUAAACACCGCAGCCUCAAACAAAUGGCUUAAAAUAGGAAACCUAUUUCCAGAGACCGAAGGAUUUAUAAUAGCGAUACAGGAUCAAAUAGUCAACACUAAAAACUACAGAAAAUUCAUAAUCAAAGACUCCUCAAUACCAAACGAUAAAUGCCGCAAAUGCCACGUUCAACCAGAGACCAUCCAACACAUUACCGGGGCAUGUACAACACUUACACAAACAGAUUACACACAUAGACAUAACCAAGUAGUCAACAUAAUUCACCAAAAGUUAGCACUAAAACACAAACUCAUACAGAACACAAACACACCUUAUUACAAAUAUAAGCCACAAACAGUCUUAGAAAACGACACACAUAAGCUCUAUUUUGAUCGCGCAAUACUUACAGACAGAACCAUCCACUACAAUAGACCGGAUAUAACGCUCCAAGAUAAAUUAAAUAAAAUAACCUAUCUGAUAGAUAUUGCUGUUCCCAACACUCAUAACCUACAAAAAACAAUUUCUGAAAAAAUCAACAAAUAUACUGAACUAAAGGAGGAAGUAGCUAGAAUUUGGAACCAAAAUAAAGUAUACAUAAUCCCAAUAGCUCUUUCCACGACAGGUGUUAUCCCAAACCAUCUGUUACAUAGUCUUAAACUACUAGAAUUAAACGAAACUCUUUAUAUCACCUUACAAAAAGCCGCCAUUUUAAAUACAUGCCGAAUCGUAAGAAAGUUCUUGCAAAUUGACGAACACGAAAUCCCACACAACACAUAA